UUGCUCGUCUUGUUUGGGAUCGCUGAGAUCGGGAGCUCCGGGAUCCGAGCGAUCCUUGCAAACUUUUCCGGAGCGAGGAGUCGUUGUGAAGCUGCCGUUACGAAUUUCAGAUGUGUUCUCGGCCUACUGGAGUGAAAACUCUUCAGAGUACUGAUGGAUACGAGAGUACAAAAUGGCAGCGGUACCCAACCUUUACUCCAGGCUCGGCGUGACAAUGGGGGACCUCAUGGUGACAUUGAUCCUAGGGAAAUACUAACACAGCAAGUUCAUGUGUUAUCAUUGGAUCAGAUCAGAGCCAUACGAAACACUAAUGAGUAUACAGAAGGACCUACAGUGGCUCCCCGGCCUUGGAUUAAGCCUGCUCCUCGUCAAACUACCCAGCACAAAAAUGAAAGGGUACACACGGUAACGGACCAGAGGGAAUUUUGUAGGAGUACACUUCCUUCAAUGCAUUCCUCAUCUCGGGCAUCUUUUUCACGAUCCAUAAGUACAGUGAGUACAGGAUCUCGGAGUAGUACAAGGACAAGCACAAGUAGCAGUUCAUCAGAGCAGAGACUUUUAGGUCCAUCCCUCAUGUCAUCUGGGUUGGGUGCUGACAGAAUCAUUCAGGUGCAACCGAAGGUUGAUAUGAAACCAGAGGAGCUAAAGCCCCCCAGCAAAGAAGACUUGGGCUUACAUGCAUACAGAUGUGAGAGCUGUGGGAAAUGUAAGUGUCAAGAAUGCACUUAUCCAAGGACUCUUCCCUCUUGCUGGGUUUGUGACAAGCAGUGCCUUUGCUCAGCACAGGAGGUGGUGGACUAUGGAACUUGUGUUUGCUGUGUUAAGUGCCUGUUCUAUCAUUGCUCAAAUGAUGAUGAGGACAAUUGUGCCGACAACCCCUGCUCCUGCAGUCAGGCACACUGCUGCACUCGAUGGUCUGUCAUUGGUGUUAUGUCCAUGUUCUUGCCUUGUUUAUGGUGUUACCUUCCAGCCAAGGGUUGCCUUAAAUUGUGUCAGGGCUGUUAUGACCGGGCAAAAAGACCAGGAUGCCAAUGCAAAAGGUCAAAUACAGUAUGUUGUAAAGUGCCACAGUUACAUCCCAGAAACUCGGGGAAGCCAACAUAGCAGAUGGGGUUAGAGAGCGAAAGUAAUUGACUUUUAACACACAUAUGCAAUCAUAAAAAUGGUCAUCUUGGCACAAUUGGUAGAUAGCAGUGUUUCCUGUUUGCAGUGAAAUGCUUUUUAUGUGCUAUCUUAACUGAUAGGCUUGUUAGAGACCCUUUAAUCAAGCUCUGCCUAGGACACAGUGUUCUGUGACACACUUUGUAUAAGCUAAAGCAACACAGACACUCCCACAUAACUGUGCAUUGUUUGUGAAUAAUACUUGCAACAUUUUUGUAAAUUAGCAAAUGACUUUUUUUUUUUUCUGCCAGAGAUAAUGUGCUAUAUUUUUGUACAUAUUAUUUACAACUGUGAAAUAUAGUGCCACAUGAAUUGGCACAAUCACAAAAUGUACUAAUAAUACAUUCAGUGGAAUGUAAAUCUAUCCAUAUGGUUAGAUUGUGCUUCACCUUAUUGAACCUUAAUAUUUCUACUCUUUGGACUUUCUGUAUAUUGUACAGUUGCGUUAAGAGUCAGCCUUUAUUUUCUAAUUUUUCAACAUAUUGUUUAGUGUAAAGUAUAUUUAUUUGAAGUUUUAUUAUUUUAUAAAAGAGAAAUAUUUAUUUUAAGAGGCAUUUUACAAAUGUUCCCCCUUUUUUAUGAUGUCAGUUUCUGCAAUUAGGGGUGACCGAUGCAUAUGUUCACAACAAAAUAGAAAAUAUAUUAA